CGUCUAUACCUCGCGUGCACACGAGCCGAAGCCAUCCUCAGGAACCCGACCGCUUCUAUUUUCCAGCGCUCCCGCAAGCGGCCAUCAUCCAUAGGUUCGAGCGAUUAUUUGCUAUCAACCACGAAUUGCCAAAAUCUUCCCGAUAUAUAUAAAGCUCCCUCUUCGUGUGUACACUAGGCCGGCAGCUUCCUAGCACACGACUGUCGACGUCCUUCCCGAGUCGACUGUUCCGUUCGUAGACCAAAUCGACUUACGCUACCUUUACGAGCAAGAUGGUUGGCCUCCAGCGCUUGCCCUUCAAGCGCACGCACACGGACGACGUGCUGCGACAGAGCUCGCGGUCCAGCUCAGACGACCCCAAGUCGGCUGACGACGAGGAGAAGGUGACGGUGCCGACCGUGAGCAAGCACGGCGCCGUCAACAACGAAGGCAAGGACGACGGCGAUAGGUCGCUGCUCGAGCAGGACGAGGGUGUUACGCGGAUCGAGGCCUUGUACCUCGUCUUCGGCAAAGGAUGGGCGCUGUGGGGGCUUUGGCUCUCUAUCGGUCUCAUUUUCUACGUCUACACGUUGUCCUCCGGUACGACAUACACCUACCUGUCGUACGCAACGUCGUCGUAUCUGGAGCAUACACUCAUCGGUACGAUCUCUGUCGCGACCGCGAUCAUCGCCGCCGUCUCCAAACCCUUCCUCGCCAAGCUUGCCGACCUUACGUCGCGCCCGACCGCUCUGGCGCUCUCCGUCCUUCUUUACACCGUCGGCUACAUCGUCGUCGCCUCUUCGACCAGCGUCAACGCGGUUGCCGCCGGCGAGGUCAUCUACACGCCCGGCAGCACCGGCCUUGACUUCCUCACGGGCAUUCUCGUCGCCGAUAUCACCUCCCUGCAGUGGCGGAGCUUCGUGACGAGCGCGCUGGGUUCAACGCCAUGGCUGAUCAACGAGUUCAUCUCGACGUACAUCACGACGGGCAUCUCCGCGAAUACGAAGGAUGGGUGGCGCUGGGGCUUCGGCAUGUUCGCAAUUUUGAUUCCCGUGUGCAUCACACCUGCGCUGGCGGUGCUGUUCUGGGGAGAUCGCAAGGCGAAGAAGUUGGGAGCUCUCUCUGUUGCCGCCUCCGGGUAUGUGCAGCGCAAGCAUCUGGAGGGCCGCGACGAUGAAGCAUCGCCGUCCAAGCUGCACCUCGCUCUCCACUACUGGCGCCUCAUCGACGGCUUCGGCCUCUGCCUGAUCGGCACUGUCUUCGCCAUGCUCCUCAUCCCCUUCACGCUCUCCACCACCGCGUCCAAGGGGUUCAAGAACCCGUCAUUAAUCGCCAUGUUCUGCGUCGGUGGCGUCCUGCUCAUCGUCCUCGUCCUUUGGGAGUGGAAGUUCGCGAGCCAUCCGAUUAUGCCGAAGCGGAUUAUCAACCGCUCGUUGGUGUGCUCGAUCAUUAUCGAUUUCUUCUACUAUCUGUCGGGAUAUAUCUCGGGCACGUACUUCCUGUCGUGGGUGUACAUCAUCAAGAACGAUUGGACGCUGUCGGGAUACACGUACUACUCGUACACCGAGACGCUGACGCUGUGCUUCUUUGGCAUCAUCGCGGGCGCCAUUCAGCGCGUUACCCACCGCUACAAGUACCUUCAGUUGUCUGGCCUCUGCAUCCGUGCCAUCGGCCAAGGCAUCCAGCUUUACGCUAUCAAGAACCCCUCCACCGUCGUCCUCGUCAUGGCGCAGGUCGUCUCCUGCCUCGGCGGCUCUUUCUCUGUCGUUGGGUCCCAGGUUGCCGUCCAAGCUUCCGUCCCGCAUCAGGACAUGGCUCUCGCGGCGGCGAUCCUAUCGCUCUGGACUGCGAACCUGGCGAAGUACAUCGGGGACACGCACAAUGCGACGGAGAUCGCGGAUAUCUUCGGGAGCAUCAUCAUUGCGAGGGACACGGAGCCGCACGAUUUGGUGGUGAAGGCGUACGGCGACUCCAUCCGCCCGCUGUUUAUCGCCGCGCUUGUACUUUCGAUUGUGCCCAUCCUCGCCGGUUUCUACACGACGAACUUCUACCUCGGCACGCAGCACAACGCGAUUGAGGCGAAGGAGGUUAAGAUCCUGAGCGCGGAUGAGACGACGGAGGAGGCGAUCCGCGAGAAGGCGAGGCGGGCGGAGGAGGCGCUGAGGGAGAAGGACGCGAAGGUGGCCGUGGAGGAGAAGGCGAACUGAGUUCUCGCGACGACCGGCACGACUACUUUACGCCAGCAAAAGUAUGCUUCCUCACUGAUCUUGUACAGUUGUACUGAUUGAUGCACGCCAUGAGAGGCUCUUCUUAUUCUACGAUUGUUUGAUAUACUUGGGGAUGGGGUUUAGAUGGCUAGACAGAACACUGUUUGUAUUCACGAUACGUCCUAUGGUUCACG